AUGAUGGAACCGUCAGUCUCUACGACCGCAGCGUUCUCUGCUGCGGCCUUAGCCCCUAAAGGAAACGAAGGAGAAGAAGCUGCUGCUGGAAAUCCGGAAACGUCCCACGCUUCGGAGAUGUUACGCCAGAUUUCGAUGCAGUUCAAGUCGCAGCUGUCUCAAGUGCAGAUGCCCAGCGCUAUUAAGGAACAUACGGAUGAGCUGGAACGACGCAUUUCCGGCACUGAUAUUGCACGUAUUAAUGGCUACAUGCGAUUGGUCAAUCUCGUGUUUGCUGGUGGUCUGUGGGCCACGUGCUUCAUCCGCAUGUUUCAAGUGCCCAGCUACUCCCACUUCCUCGUCAUCAUCUACAUUAUGUUUUUGAGUGCGGGACUUGCCUUUGUUGAGAAUCAUGAGCGAUUCCCGUCGAUUGCAGACCGCAUCAAGAUCAACUUUGGUUUCAUGUUCUCGGCUACAGGCAAGGCGUCUUAUAUUCUUUGCAUUGCGUUCCUCGCCGUCUCUCAGGGCUGGAUCGGCUGGAUAAUCGGCAUAUGCUUUUUCUUUCUGGCUUUCUUCAACUUCUUCCUUAUCAACCGGCACCCUGCAUACAAGGCCACCAUGAUGCAGCCGACGAGUAGUGCGGCCACUACGGCUCAACAGGAGGAGGAGGCAGACCUGGAGGCUAUGCCGGAGCUCCGCUAUAACCAAAAGCAGGCCAAGGUUCCCGUAUCUGGAACAUCAACUGCUGCUAUGGCGGAGUCUUCGCACGUGUCGGUCUAA